GGGUGAUAAAUCACAGGGGCAUCCUGGCAGCGAUGCUGAGGCGGAACUGAAACUCUCCGCUCCUGUUUCCUUCGGAGCCUCUUAAGCGUCACGGACGGCCGGAAGCGGUCGCAAAUUUAAACAGCUAUCACAGCAACAAUAAACACGUACUUUGACUUUCCUGGCUGUCUGGUUAACCAACGCUCUGUGAAAACUAAGACAAAAUUGCACCGAGGAUUGCGUCAAGUUUAAAGGUGUAAACCAAGCAGGAGUAGUCCGAGCCAAAGACAUCAGGAUGGCUGAGACUGAAAAAGAAGAUGCUGUGAGCAGUGAGGCAGAGUCCAGUGCGCACAUCUCCAACAACAGCCCAACUAAGAGACGAAGGGGGAGACCACAAGGUUCAAAGAAGCUGAAGGUUUGUGUUACAGACGUUAACCUAAUGGAGCUGGUUUCAGGGAUCUCCAACGGCGCGUCCACACAUCCCCAGAGGUCCAGAGGGCGUCCAAAACUCUCAAACCACACAGCAGAGGAAGAAUCGGCUGAUGCAGAAAAUUCUGUGCAAACUCACAGGGGUAAAGGGAGACUGAAAGGGUCCAAAAAGAAGACAAAUGACAGUGACAGUCCUGUGACAGAUCACACACCUAAGAAAAGAGGAAGACCGAAAAAAUCUCAGUCCCCUGACAAAGCUACUGCUGAAGACUUGGCAAAUGGCUCUAAUACCACAAAAAUGUUACUGGGCCGCCCAAAAGGAUCUGUGAAGCGGAAGUCAGAAAGUUUAACAAGCUGUGAGGAGAAUGAGGGCAGUUCUAAAAAAGCCAGGAAAAGAGGUCGGCCAAAGGGGUCUCUUAAUAAAAAAAACAGACUGGACAAAGAGGUGAACAGUGAGAAGGAGGAAGAAUCUGAUGAAAGUCUAAACUCAAGAAAAAGGGGCAGAAGUGGGCUUAGGAAAGUGGAAGUAAAUAACUCUGACAACACUGUGUCAACAGAAGACACAUCAAAUGGUGUCUCCGAUACCCCUCGAAAAGGAAGAGGAAGGCCAAGAAAAAGCGCUGAACAGAAGCGUUUAGAUUACCGAGAACCAAUCACAGAUGACUCGCAGCCUAAGCGGGGAAGAGGUCGUCCCAAAGGCUCUUUAAAUAAGAAGCCCCCUGCGUACAGGGUGCAGGGUAAGGUGGGCCGACCUCUGAGAACAUAUGUGCCCUUGGCAAUAGAGAGACGAAGUCGGUUAAGAAAGCAGCCAGCCAAGAGGGGAAGGCCGAGGAAGUACCCUCUCCCUUCACCCGAGGAGCUGAAAAAGCCCAAAGUCUGGAAGCCGCUGGGACGGCCGAGGAAAUACCCACGAGUCGAUCCUCCUGAGGGAGCUGCACCGGCGCCUCGGAGAAGCCGCGGUCGACCGCGCAAGUCCGAAUCCAAGAAAGGAGCCCACUUACGUAAGAGUCUGCCUGCAGCGCCGGCCCAACGCAACACCAACGACGGAGCCCCAAGAAAAAGAGGCCGUCCACCAAGCAGUGCAAAAGGUGAAGGUGUCGCCCCGCGGAAAAGAGGUCGCCCUAAAGGCUCACCCAACAAAAAGAAAGCCAGAAGUGAACUCAACAACAGCACCUACCCCUGCCUUUCAGAGAAGAGCGACUCGUCCGCCGCCGGGCUGGACGAUGGGGAGUCCACAGGCACGCAGGCGCUGCCCGAGGAGCAUGCCGAGGCUUGACGAGCCUUCCCAGUCCCACCAAACAGUCGCCGCGUAGCUGCUGUCUGAAAACAGAAAACAAAGGUUUUUAACAUUGUCAGUCGGUAGGUUAGAUUCUCAGCAGCUCUUCCGUUUUCCUAGCUAACUUGUUUUAUCGUACUUUUAAAAUGGACAUUACUGGCAUGUAGCGUUUAUUGUUAUAGACUGAUUGUUCCAGUUUUCAUUUAACCUGCAGAUGUAAUGUCUGUCUGUCCGUUGAAGCGUGUCAGUAGAGCAGUUGCUGGAGGCAAAAUAAUGUCCAAGCACGAAGAUGAGAGGCGUCUGAGUCCCAGUCCAACUCCCUCAAACAAAUUCAGCCGGCUUUAAAAAAAAAAAUACUGGUCUAAAAAAUAGAUAUUAUAUUAUAUAAACAGCACAUUCUUCUGUUUAAUGUAUUUGCCCCCAGGUUUACAAAAAGGCAUCUAAAACAUGUUUACAGAGUAUUGGAAUAUUACCAAAAAUGCCUUACAACUGGUUUUCUGACAGGAUUAGAACUUUUCACAGGUUAAUCAGUAUUUGUUUUGGAUGGUAGUGUGAUACAUGCUGUGACUAACAUGUAGAAACCAACCAUUUAUCGUGCAGCUUACCCUCAGCUCACCAGAGGUUUCCCUACUUUUGGAUCAGAACCUGGACAUCACAGCUCCACGUCUGCUCUCUGUUGACUGUGUGUGCGAGGUCGAAAUGAUUUUUUGCCAUUUCACAGUUGUUUUGCCUUAAUUGUCAGAGCUUUGAAUGUACCAUCACACUGAUUCAGUCAGUAGUGCCGCACAGAUGAGCCUCUAUGCUUUAGUUACUCACAUUCCACUUUGUUUAUUUCCACUGGUCCAUUGCAGUUGAUAUUUGGCUUUUUUACGUGUUACGUGUUGCUGUGGCUCCUGUUGGGUCUGUCAUGAGAUUAAAUUCCAGCGAUUGCGAUUAUUUCAAAAACUUUACUUUACUUGGGCACCUUGUGUAAAAAUAUGUGACAUGUAUUACUGAUAUAACACAAUUUAUUGUUUAUGGGGAAAAUAUUUUAAUCUUUAAAUGCCAAACUGUGCUUUUGUGUCUCCAGUCUGUGUAAAAGAAUGUGAGGUGAUGGAGAGAUGGAGGUUUAUGGUUUUAAAAUUCCUAAUAAAGUGGGAUUUGACUUUGUAAAGUUAGUAAAAUGAUUUUAAGUGAAAACAUUUGGAUUUUGUGUGUUUUGAACAAAUAUCUGAUUAUUUGUGAGAUUAUGGUCUUAAAAUAAAAUGUUGAUCCUG